GUUCAUAAAACUUACUUAGUGUGGAUUAUAGUGGACUUCGCAUAAAAUAACACGUCAUGUUCGUAAAAGUGACUCCUGACUUUGUUAUACGAUUAACUGUCAUACUGGCAUCAAUAAUAUGCCUUUCACAUGAACAAAUGCAGAUGGAAUUUUCUGAACAGGGUGCAAUGAAUCCGGCAAUGGACUUUUCAACCAUAAUGGUCAGUAAUAUGCCAGAGGAUUCUAAUCAAAAUACACAAGUUGGAUCUGUUGUGCUAGAUCAAAUGCCGGAUCAGUCUCAAUUACUUACACCUAUGCAAAAUACUAUGGUUUCGACGACAACAACAACGUCGAAAACAACAAAAAAUGAUGAUGAUUUGGAUAAUUCAUUUGGAAGUCAAGCCUCAGCCAUCCAACCGGCAUCUUCAGUAAUUGAUUAUAUCUCUCCAUCCAGAGCACAUUAUGGAUUUGAUAAUUAUUUUUCCACGAUACCACAAGGAAGAGUACCUUUUCUCGGGUUUUUACCUUCGACUGAAAAUACAGUAGCUAUCAGUUUACCUGGGCAAAUUCCUGCAGCAAAUCCUCUCACAGCUGUACCACCAGCAAUGGGUGGAUUUAUGCCACCAGCAACAAGUGCAACUACUCCACCAGUACCGAGUGGAUUUAUGCCACCAGCAACGGGUGCAACUACACCACCAGUAUCGAGUGGAUUUGUACCACCAGCAACGGGGGGAUUUGCGCCACCAACAACAGGGGGAUUUGUGCCACCAGCAACGGGGGGAUUUGUGCCACCAGCAACGGGGGGAUUUGUGCCACCAGCAACUGGUGGUUUCGUGCCACCAGUGACAGGUGGACAACCAGGAACAUCAAUAACCCCAGGAGGUCUCCCAGUAUCAUUUCCGAUACCAGGGUUCAGUCAACAGGUCCUUCAAGCAUCUCUUUGGCCUUAUAUAAUACUACCAGAAAAUAUCUUACAGUACUUAUUGCCAAGAAAUAUUAUAUCGAGACCUUACGGUGGUAUUUACUCCCCAAGAUGGCUAAGAAUUCUUCAGGAAUUGUACAGAAAUAACUUGGAUGCACUAAAUCAACCAGUUAGAGACUACGGAGAUAUCUAUCCAUCUGGCUACGAUGAGUACUAUGUACCUGCGGAUACGGAUUUACAAUAUUUAUCCAAGAAAAAGAAAAGAAUGGACAUAUUCAGGCGCAAAAGAAGAUCUAGUCUGUCUAAACCAUUAUCAUAA